AUUCGAAACGCCGAGUUUAUUCUUUUUUGGUAUUAUUCAUAUAAUCGCACUCCUCUCGUUCCUCAUCCUCAUCGCCUUAAGCUCUCUCACCUUCUUCUUCUUCUUCUUCCUUUUCUCCGGAUCUCGCUUCUCCGUCAACGACUCCGAUCAACCAGGAUAACUUUGUUGUGAGAAGAUGUCUAGCGCAUCCAAGAUCAAAUCGAGAGACAAGAAGGUUAUGAAUGAUUCACAGAAGACACCUAGUAAAGCCUCGGGAUCCAUGGGUGCAAGUAGUGGUGUUGUGGUUGGUGCUUACAAUCCACUUUUGGGGACAUUUCAAACCGUUGAGUCGCUUUCAGCAACUGGUUCCUCAUCUCUUCACAAUAAUGGCCGGUUCAGACAUAUUGAUGAGUCGGAUUCAACUGGAGCUGACUGUGAUUCUGUCUCUAAUAAUGGUAGCUGGUCAGGUGACUCUGAAGAUCACAAAGAGAAAGUGCCUAGUACUGCUGCAAAACAAGAAAUCAUUCCUGGAGCUGACAAUGACAAGCGAGAUAAGAUGCGACUGAAGAAUGAAAGAAAGCACCAACGUCAAAAGGAAAAGCGAGCUCAGGAGUUGCAUGAGCGAUGCUGUCAGUAUCUCAUGUCCAGAAAACUUGAAGUUCAUGCUCAGCAGAUUAUAGCAAUGGGGAUUGCUCAUGAGCGGGCAACUUACGCUCUUAUGCUAAAUGAAGGGAAAAUAGAGGAAUCUAUUAAUUGGCUGUUUGAUGAUGGUGGGGCUAAAGUAGCAGAUAAGAAACUAGAUCCUACCUCUGGGAACUUAAAGCUUGACAUAUCACAAGAGUUGGGUAGAAUCUUGGAGUUGGAAACAAAAUAUAAGUGCACCAAGCAGGAUGUAGAAAGAGCUGUGGUUACAGCAGAGGGGGACAUUGAGAAAGCAGAAGAAACAUUAAGAAGACAGAAGCAAGACCAAUCUACUGCGUCUAGAAAAGUAGAGGAUAUUAGUGAUAAUACUUCUGUUAACAGUAGCAAAGUCCCUUCUGUGCUCACAAGUCAGAAUACAGUAGCCCAGUUACAACCUAACUCAGGUAUGUAUCCUGCAGGCAGUGAAGAAGCCCUUGACAGAAAGAAUCUUGGUUACCCCAGAGGAUCCAGCUACAUUAAUGGAGAAUCCGAAAACCAAAGUGUAAAUUCGUUGGAAAGAAUUCACAUGAAGUUGCAGUGGAUGAAACUGCAACAAAAUGCCACCGUGGAAGAGAAUAAACGCAUACCAUAUCAACAGACACCGCUGUCGCGAUCGACAGAAGAAACACAUUAUGUGGCGGCUCAAGGUGAUCAAUACAAGAGGCUUCAGCAGCAAGAUAUGAGGGAACCAGUUAUGGUGAUGCAGCAGCAGCAACAACAACAACGCUCUCAAUCCGCUAACACAAAUGUGCUACCUGUGUCUACCAUGAAUGCAUCCUUUACUGGAGCAGCAGCAGCAGCAGGCAGCGGUUGGUACCCUGCAAAUAGAUCCGAGGCGGGUCAAUCUAACGGAUACUUGCCCUCAAGAAGUCUGCCUCCUAAUGAUCUGAAUUCAAACCUGAUGUACCAGCAACUUCAGUAUCAACAAUAUCAAGGUCAAGUGAACAACAACAGUCACAGAAUGGCAGGAGCUUCUGCACCGCUUGCUGUGGCUCCAGCUGCUUCUCUUGGACUCUUCUCGGGGUUUGGAUCAUUGGCGGGAUCAUCUUCUUCUGGGCUGGACUGGAACGCGGAUGGUUCAUUGGGGCAUUUGGAUUACAACAACAUCGACUGGAGUCUAGAUAAAGGCCUAGCUUGUCCAAGACCAAGCCAACAGUACGUGGCAGCAUCAUCCCCAUAUGAAGCUCAUAUGAAUGGAAGGACAAGAACAUUGGCGAAUGGGAAUGGGAUGGGCAUGGCAAUGGGAGUGCAGGAAGCUGCUUUAGUGGGAAAUGGGAGAGAGUGGACAUCGCCUUUUGAGGGUAAAGAUCUGUUUAGUUUGUCUAGACAGUAUGUGCCUCCUUCGCUUUAAAGGUGAUAAAAUGCUCUUCUAGAAUAAAGAAAAAUGAAAGGAGAGAGAGAGAGAGAUGAUGGAUGAUAUGAGUUUGUGGUUACUGGUUUUAUCAAGUGUUUCUUGCUUGUUUGCUCAGAAUGGAUCUUUCAAAUUUCCUUAUAUUUUAUAUCCUCCCACAUA